AUGAAAGAAACCGACGUCCGGCUCAGCGCGGCUCGCGCGCGGGCGGGCACUUGGAGCGGGGCGGAUUUGUUUUUGCCGAUGGCCUCCCACCGCAUCGGCGCCCGCCUCUCGGGCCUCAAUCCGGAGCAGCUGCUCGCAAUCAUCAAGGAGCAGGGUCCCUCACGCUCGCAGCUGUGCGCCAUCAUCGAGGCGCAGGCGGGCGCGAGCGACGCCGCGCUGCGCGUGGCUGAGGAGCACGCCGCUCGGCUCGUGGAGCAGCCCGAGUGGGUGCUCUCCGAGGUCCUCCUCUCGCCGGACCUCGCCCCGCACAUCCUCGCCCAGCUGCCGACCAAGGCGCACGCCGUCAAGGGGACGAGACGCUGA